GAUUGCUUGUUUGUUCACAUUCCAAAAUUUUAUAUAGUGUAAAGUCGCUAAAUUCGAUAAAUAAGACGUUGUUACACUCCACUGAUUUAAUUAAUCAAUAUAAUUCUAAAGUGAGACGUAUACAGAGAUGUGUAAAUCAUAUUAUUUGUUCAUUGCUACAGCAGUAUUUAUUUUACUGUUUCAUUUAGGUUCUGUUCAAACAAUACGAUGCGAGAAAAGGUUUUUUAUUGGCAAGGUGUUAAUUUCAUGUACAAACCAUUCGGAAUUCUCUUACUCAAAGUUUUCCCUUUCUUAUACAAAGAUUAAAGAUCUAAUCGUGCCAGAGGUUGACUGCCAGUCAAACGGGAGUUUAUUAAUUUGCAACCAGUAUAUACCUUUAAUGAGACUGGGGAUGGGGAACUAUUCAAUAUUUGCAAUUAUCCAACCAAUGAUCACCAAUUCUUCGUCUUUCAAAAUAAUGGAAUCUGCAACAGAAAUACCAAUUAGCUUAGCGUUUCCCAAGGUUGCAUUUGAUAACUGCUCAUAUUUUCAAGAUAAAAUAUUUUUUAUCGCACACUGUACAUGCAGAAGAAUUGACUUAAGCGAAAUUUCGACGUUAAUCAUUCUCCAUACGGAUGACAAUCGAACAGUCUUUAAAGAAAGUGGCUCUAGCCUAUUUGUGGAAUUCCAUAUAAAUAAGACAACAGAAAUAAAAUGCCAAGCAGUUAAUUCAGCUGGUUGGAAAUCGGAAAUAAUCAGAUUUGGUUAUAUACUUGAUGAUGAUGAUAGCACCAUUGAUACAACAGCAAUACCUUGGUAUACACAUGCAUUGAUCGCAGUAUUCACGUUUUCAUUAUUGAGUUUAUUCUACAAGAAAAUUAAUGGUAAUUGUUUGUUUUCAUAUUAG